AUGAAGUACAAACUCCUGAAGGCCGAGGUGUACAAGCCACAGGAUGGAUCCCCUGGCAACGACGAGGAGGCCAUCCUCAAGAAGCUCCUUACACUCGAGGUCGCCGAUGUCAAAAGUCUCUCUAAAAUGCCCGACUUCAAAAUGAUUCUGAGUCACCUCGAGAUGAUGCUCUGCGCGCAAUCUGAGAAUCCGUAUCAGGUUGUCUACAGUCCAGCUUUCCGCUGCAACUCGACCAAGUACCUUGGUGUGACCUUCAAAGUCUGCGAUAAAGACAAGCUCCCCCAUGAGCCUGGCUUUUGGCUCAAUGAUAUCAACAACCUCGCGAUGGAUGACGCCCCGUCUGAUAUUGAGGCCAGCGAGACAAGUGAGACCGAGUCUCUCCAGAAAAACGACUGA